AUCUAAUCAUUUAAACUCCUUGUGCAACAGAACUAAAAUCAAAGAUUUCAAGACCGACAAGAAGGAGCUGGUUGGUGUCUUUGGUAGAUCCGGGGCUGGAAAGAGCUCUCUAAUAAAUGCGAUCAUUGGAGAGAAGGAUCUUUUGCCCUCGGGAAGUGUCAGUGCAUGUACCUCAGUCAUGAUUAAAGUGGAGACUAACAUGCACAGCCUGAAGUAUGAGGCAGAGAUUGAGUUCAUUACAAAAGAGGAGUGGAAAGAUGAGUUGUGGUCCUUGUACCAUAUUCUUGGGGAUGAUACAGAUCAAGGAAAAGACAAUGAUGAAUAUUGUAACACUGUUGAAAAGCUGUCAGCAUUGUAUGGAGAAGAUACUGGAAGAAACUGGAAAAACACAUCCCUCGAAAACCUGAUGGACGAUAACUAUUUCAGAGAAAUUCCAGAAUUUCUCAAAUCCAAGCCAAAGAUUUUGGAAUGUAAAUCUGCUGAAGAAUUAUCUGCAGAAUUUGUCAAAUUCACAAGAAGUGACCGAAAACAAGGAGAAGGCAAAGAAGUGAAGAGGUGGUAUUGGCCACUAGUGAAGUGUGUGAUUAUGAGGGUUCCUAGUAAUGAUCUUCUCCAGCAUGUCACACUUGUCGAUCUUCUUGGAACUGGGGACUGUAACAGGAGCAGAGAUAGAAUGUGGAAAGAGCUUGUUGGAAAUUGCUCUACUAUGUGGAUUGUGACUGACAUUAGUCGAGCAGAGUCAGAGAAUGACCCCUGGGAGAUCCUGAAAAGUGCCUGUAGCCUCAUGGGAAAUGGUGGCGAGUGUCAGCGCAUUCACUUUAUCUGCACCAAGUCUGAUGACGUGGGUGUUCAUUCAGCAGCUAAUGUUCGUGAUUUCAUACUUGAAACAAACAAGAGAGCCAAAGAAGAAGUGAAGAGAAAAUUCAGCAGACAAGACAGCAUUAAGAAACAUUUCAGUGAUGAAUGUUUCAAAGUGUUCACAGUGAGCUCCAAAGAGUUUCUAAAAGGAACAGUUCUAGACAGAGAUGAAACUGAAAUACCGAAGCUUCAGGAGGUCCUGAAAAAUCUCAAUGACUGUCACUCAGAGACAUUAAACUAUGUGUCUGGAGCUCAUGGGAUUCUGUCUUUGAUUCAAGGGGCUAGAUGCAGAGAUGUGACUGGCAAAAAAAUGGAUGUGUACAAAAACCUUGAAGCAAAACUGAAGCAAGAACUUGAUGAAGUCAGAAAAUCUGUCAAAAAGUCUAAUGAGGCUUUUGAUAGAUGCCUUACUGAGGGGGUUGAAAAAUCAAAAAGCUUCUGUGAAGAAAAGUUGAAGUCCAUCUUAUAUCCUAAACAAGCACGUAGCGAUUUUCAUGAGACAUUGAGGUGUGUAGUUGAGAACAGUGGUACCUACAAACCAAAGAAAAGGAAACAAAUAUACCUGAAUGUGAUGUUGUCUUCAUCCCUGACUGACAGCAUUGAUGAGGAAUUCAGGAAGACCUUUCCAAAUGAAGCAGAACAUGGACCAUUCAACGGAGUCAUCAAUAAGUUUUCACUCAACACACAGAGACUCAUUGAAAUGAACAAAGAUGUCGAACUGCAACUGAUCUUUCUUAAGACAGAGGUAAAAGCUCUUAUUUAUUAAUCUAAUGUGAGGAAGACUUCAGUGGAACAGUCAGCACAGGCCCACCGUGUGUCUUCCUCAUACCCAGGGCAAGAUGAUCCCCAUAGGAGUUUAGAGCUCAGGGGGCUUCUGGGUCAGUGCCCAGUCGACGAGAUCAGUAAUCCAUCCAUCCCUCUGCAAGUUUCACAUGAAGCCUGUGGUGGAGAACAGAGUGUGGGCACCUGAAGCCUGUGGGGACACCUCUGAUUGUUUAUAAAUCUGUAGUGUUUCUUAGAUCAUAUGCUUUGCAAUUUGAAAAUUGCAUUGUUAAAUUUCAAUAUUGAUCGUUCCGCUCUAAUGUGUAUGAUAUUCAUAUAUAAGUAAGACACUUGAGAUGUUUUGCCAUCACACCAUCAGUGACAAAAAUUAUGUUCUGCAGU